AUGGUGCUGGCUUCAACAAUAGUAGAUGGCAAAGGUGCUGUCACUGGACAUAAUUUCAACUACGAAUCUACGAUUGAGGGUCAAAAUGGAGAACCUAAACAGAUCACCGUGCUUGCAAAACGUGUUCUGCUUAUGUUGUAUAAAGAUAUCAGUAGUGAUAAACCUGGAUCGAUUAAUUUGGACUCACCAUCUCUAAAUAGUAUGUUUGACAUUCUACAAGAUGUUCUUGUUAUAUCACUCGUCUUUUACUUUUCUGAACCAUCUGCAAUUACAUAUUGCUAUCAGGAGUUUCACUUAGUUCUCUCACCUGCACCUACACCUGCAACUGAUUUUCUUGCAAAGCGCCGCAAGUGGGCUGUGAAAGAUACCAGAACAAAAGUAUCCUUUUUUCCUGGUUUUUUGACCAGCAGAAAAGAUCCCAAAGUUUUAAAAUUAAAGGAGGAGCUUCUUAUGUCUAUUGAGCCUCUUGAUAUGGGAGCUGAUGCCACCCCUGAUGACCAGCAGAGGAUUGAUCAGCUUAAACGAAAGCUAGAAGCAGUAAAUCCAACGAGAGAGCCACUGAAGUCUGAUUUACUGAAUGGGAAAUGGCAGCUCAUUUACACUACCUCUAAAUCACUUUUACAAAAUGAGAGACCUAAGUUCUUAAGGUCAAGGGUUAACUACCAAGCCAUUAAUCUAGACACUAUUCGAGCCCAAAAUAUGGAGACUUGUCCAUUCUUUAACCAGGUAACGGCAGAGCUCUUGCCGAUAAAUUCAAGAAAAGUGGCUGUGAAAUUAGAUUUUCAGAAUACUGGGACUGGUAAGAACGGGGAUGCUGUGAAGGCACCAGAAAGAACUCAGUAUGGCUCUCUGGAUAUUACUUACUUGGAUGAGGAUCUGAGAGUAUCUACAGGAGACAAAGGAAAUUUGUUUAUAUUAAAAAUGGUCGAUCGAUUGUACAAAGUCCCAAGAUAAUUUAAUUAGUCUGAAAGGUGUAUAUGAAAUUGUAAUUUGUAAGCUGUAUAUGUAAAUUGCCUAACACAAAGUGCAAUUUCAUAUAUAUAUAUGAUCUUCAAGACCAUGAAUACAUCAUUUUU